AUGAGUACUCCUAUGUACCCAAACACUGUUCUAGACAAGAAUGAUGAAAGCUCACCGGUCGAUCCAACAUCGUACCGUGGAAUGAUAGGAUCUCUCUUGUACCUUACUUCAUGUAGACCUGACAUUAUGUUCAGUGUUUGCCUAUGUGCCAGAUUCCAUGUAAACCCUCAACAAUCUCAUCUCAGUGCGGUUAAACGAAUAUUUAGAUACCUAAUAGGUCCUGCUAAUGUUGGUCUGUUAUAUGAGAAAGGUAGUGAUUUCAGGCUGAGUGGAUACUGUGAUGCUGACUAUGCUGGAGAUAGAGUUGAGCGAAAAAGCACCAGUGGAGGAUGUCACUUUCUAGGAAACUGUUUAGUUUCCUGGUCUAGCAAAAGACAAAGCACCAUAUCCCUAUCCACUGCUGAAGUUGAGUACGUAGCAGCUAGCUCUUGUUGCACUCAACUUCUCUGGGUCAAGCAUCAACUUGAAGACUACAACAUCCAUGAAGAUCACAUACCUUUACUAUGUGAUAACACAAGUGCUAUAAAUAUAGCGAAAAAUCCAGUUCAACACUCAAGGACAAAGCACAUUGAAAUAUAG